AUGGGUUACAAAUCUUUUCUCCUCAUCUUCCUGCUGGUGGCGGCCUUUGCCGUAUCUCUGGGGAUGGCUGCGGAGGAGGAGCCGAACGAGUGCGACGCGGAGCAGAAGGGGGAGUGCUACAACAGGGCCAAGGCCCUGAAACUUAAGAUCAUCGCCAUCAUCGUCAUCCUCGUCGCCAGCAUGGGCGGCGUCUCCCUGCCGCUCUUCUCCCGCCUCAUCCCCGCCCUUGCCCCCGACCAGAAGCUCUUCGUUCUGGUGAAAGCCUUCGCUUCUGGGGUCAUCCUCUCCACCGGGUUCAUGCACGUCCUCCCGGACUCCCUGGACGACCUGAAAUCGGAGUGCCUGCCGGACUCGCCGUGGCACGAGUUCCCCUUCUCCACCUUCAUCGCCAUGCUCGCCGCUGUGGGAACGCUCAUGAUGGACUCCUUCUCCAUGGCGGUGCACCACCGGAAUCAGCGGGGAAAGGUGGACGUAGUGGAGGGAGGGGAGAGCCCCGCCGUGCAGAUGGCUCCUGCGAUUCACAUCCACGGCCACAGCCACGGCCACUUCCCCACUGUGCCGGCCGCGCCUGCCGACAAGGACGAGGAAGUAAACGCUACCCUGAAGAGGAACCGCGUCAUAGCUCAGGUUUGGUGCUCCUAUACUAACUCUUCUUCAGUCAUCCAGUAGGAUAUUAUAACCAUGACAAAGGUAUUGCUACUUCAUAGUUUAUGGGUUAUAUAUAUACGAAUAUAUAUAUAGAUAGUUCAUAAAUCACAUUAGAGAACUAAAAAAAAGGACCAGCGAUGACAAUAACGAUGGUGACGGCGGGGAGAAUAAUAUUGGUGGAUAAUUGGAAUGAUUUUCUUUGAUAUACGCAGGUGUUGGAGGUUGGGAUUGUCGUUCACUCGGUGGUCAUCGGGUUAUCCAUGGGAGCCUCCCAGAACCCAUGCACCAUCAAGCCUUUGGUCGCAGCCCUCUGCUUCCAUCAGUUUUUCGAGGGUAUGGGACUUGGUGGCUGCAUCCUUCAGGUAUACAUACUUACGUUGAUCUCCCAUCCUUCCCUUCAAUUUACCUUGAUCUCCCUAUCAAUCAUAGAAACAUCAUUACGUUGAAUACCUAUAUUAAAUGCGUGUAUGGGUUCAUAUAAUUGUGGACAAGUAGAUAUUUUUAUUUAUUGAUUAUUACUCUGAUGUUUUUCAGGCGGAAUAUAAUAGAAAAAUAAAAUCAAUAAUGGUCUUCUUCUUCUCCGUCACAACACCAUUUGGCAUCAUCUUGGGAAUAGCCAUAUCCAACGUGUACAGUGACAACAGCCCCACGGCGCUCAUUGUCAUAGGAGUUUUGAAUGCGACCUCAGCAGGCCUCCUCAUCUACAUGGCACUUGUGGAUCUCUUGGCAGCAGAUUUUAUGGGAUCAAGGCUACAGGGAAGCAUCAAGCUUCAAGGAUGGGCUUACGUAGCAGUCUUGCUAGGCAUUGGAGGUAUGUCAUUGAUGGCCAAAUGGGCUUAG